AUGUCCAUGGUCGAUGAAGCGACCGGCGACAAGUCGAGUGCAGCAAAGAACCAAGCCAUUGCCGACAAGGGCGUCAACGAAUGGGAUCAAGGCUACCGUGGCCACGCCACGAGCGCUGGCGUUACUCCCGCCGACACCGACCGCGAACGCAUGAACACGACCAAUACCACGUCAACCAACUACGGCUCGCACAACUCAAACAUUGGCAACAAGAUCGACCCAAGAUACGACUCCGACAUGGAUCACAGAGGAACUGCAACUGGCUCCGCCAAUCACGGACCACACUCGACAAACGUUAGCAACAAGCUCGAUCCUCGUGUCGACUCGGAUGCUGACCACCGUUCUCACCCUACAUCCACUGUCGGCGACGAGGAAGAUCCCAUCUGGGACCCUUCAUCUGAGGGCCCGUACAAAGCACACGAAUACCAGCAUGGGCCAAACCCACCUCAUGAGCAUCGUGGCUCGAUUACCGAUACUCCGAGCCUAAAGCCAGCCAACAAGCUCGAUCCAAUUUUCCAUGCAGGUCCUGAUGAGGAAUCGAUGAAGUACACAGAUCACCCCGACAUCCACCGCCUCCGCGGUUCGAUAAGUGGUGCUUCUGGUCUCGCAGCUGCCCAGAAGCUUGAUCCUCCCGAGAAAGUACUAGCACGUGUUCCAGAUGAAGUCAAAACCCGCGGUCCGGGCUACGCCCAACCAGACCCAAUCUACCAUCAACCAAAGCCUGCCCAUAAGAACAGCGUUCUGAAUAUGCUUGAUCCUGAUGCCAGUUCAGAACAGCAUCCUCUACGUAAUCGAGCCGCUAAAGAGUAUGAAGUCAGCCACAAGAACACCUCGCACUCAGAACCGACACGUUACUCCCCAGACACGGAUGAUGAUCUAGAGCCCCAGUCUCGUCGACGAAGUCGUGGACCGCCACCCAGCAAGGAAGUCAAGGAAGAGUGA